AUGAACUACAAAUUUUCAACUGCUUUAUAUGAUGAGGGUCAGACGAUAAAAGAUGUUCAAUUUUGGUCAAUAAAGGAGACAGACGAUUAUAUAGAUGAUUUAUCAAUUAAAUUAAAUUCAACUUCAUUGGAAUUUAUAACACACAUUGAAUGUACCAAAUUACCAAUUUAUUUAAUAAAUGGUCAUUCCUUCCAAAUUUUUACAAAUGAUGAAGAAAGUGAAUUUUAUUUUAAACAUAAAAUUUUGACUAUACCAAAUUCAAAUAAAUUGUUAAAUUAUGGUAUAUUAACUAAAAUCAAGGAUAAGAUAGAUAGUGACCAAUAUUUUGUAUUUUAUUUCAAUAAUGAUAAUAACAGCAUAGAUUGUUUGAUAGUAGAUUUUAGUGUUAUAAACAAAUUGAAUGAACUCGAUCAUAAUAAUAAAAUAGAUAAUAAUUCGUUUAUAACUAAGAAGAAAAAUAGAACCAUACCAAAUACUCAAGUAUUCGAUAAAGUUUUAAAACAAAAACAAGAUAAUAAUCCAUUCUUAUUGUCUAAUCAAAAUGAUAUACAACAAAACUCUACAUCUUCAUUACUGAUUUUAACAAAUCAAGAACAAAUAAAUAAUGCAAUUAAUAAAUUAAUAUUUUCAGGAUUAAGAAUAAGAGGAUUAUCAAAAAAUCAAACAAAUUCAAUAAAUGAAAUUUUGAAAAUUAAAGAAAUUCAUCAAAUGACUUAUAAAUCUGCAAUUUUUGCUUUAAAAAAAUAUAAUUAUACUAAUAGUAAUAAUAAAAAAAAUAAUUUACAAAUUAAAUUUAAUGAUGUACAAGAAAUUAUUGAAAAUUUAUUACAUUUAUUUGUUGAUGUUGAAUGA